UCUCCAGGAAUCGAUAAAGAUGGCAUCCAAAAACACAGCUCGCACGCCAUCUUUAAGAAAAUUUCAAACAGCAGCAACGACUGUUCAACGCAAUGCACAUUAUACAAGGAAGUUCACUCAGUUAGCUGGUGAGAGAGAAGCCCUACACAGAAAAACGUUCACAAAAUGGGUAAACGCAAGACUCGCUCAGCACGAUCCUCCCAUGGAAAUAAAAGAUGUUGUAGUAGAUUUUAUGGACGGGAAGAUGUUGCUGAAUAUGAUGGAAGUCCUUUGUAACACAAAAUUGAAAAAAGAAAAAGGAAACUUGCGUGUUCAUAAGUUGAACAAUGUUGAACAAGCUAUGAAAUUGCUUGAGAAGCAAAAGGUUAAACUGGUGGGUAUCAAUGCUUUUGACAUUGUGGAUGGAAAACCUCGUGUAAUUCUUGGCCUCAUGUGGAGUGUCAUUCUCAGAUUCCAGGUCCAAGAGAUUAUGCAGGAAACAGUAACAGAGGAGACGGCGAAAUCGUUCAAUGUCGAAAAGAAGCUUCUUGAUUGGUGCAAAGAACGCUUGAAAGGGUAUGAAGACCACGUCACAAUAUCUGAUUUUUCUUCAAGCUGGAGAGAUGGUCUGGCAUUCAACGCUCUUAUUCAUUCCUACGGACCUGGACUGUUUGACUUCAAUGCCAUUGCGCAGUCAUCGACUCGAGCCAGACUGGACAACUCUUUUAAGAUGGCAGAAAAGCACUUCGGCGUUCCGCGCUACUUAGACUCGACAGACAUCGACGUUGAAAAGCCGGACAAGAAGCUUAUUAUCAUGUAUUUAACUGAGAUGUACAACUACCUUGAGGGAAACAAAGCCAAAGAAAGGAAGGCUUCGGUAAUUGCGGAGAAUUCUUGCUUUAUCGAGAAAGCAGAUGCUGUGGAGGGAGCCCUGAACGAUGGCUUUGAUAAUUUGGAUAGCAAAGCAGCCAUCAGUCAAUCAGAACACGAUAAGGCAGUUGCUGAUCUUAGCAAGAAAUUGAAUGAAGUGGAAAGCGGAUUGUCUGACGCGGAACACAAUAAACCAGUUUACGAUGAUAAUGAUUCAGUUGAUUUGGGAGAAGUAACCAAACAGCUAGAGGAACAACAGAAAUUUCGCCAGGACCUUGAGCCAGUAAAGUCUCGUACUUAUGAAGUUUUGAAUGAAGGACGAUCGUUGAUAGGGGAAGGAUACUUUGAUUUAGGUGAAAAGGAGCACUUCCAAGACCGGAUGGAUAACGUCGAUAAAAGGUUGCAAAAUCUUCUUGAGCAAUCCCAGAGGGAUCAGGACAAGCUUUCACAGGAGAGAUCCGUACUUUUGAAACAGCAGUUAAACAAAAUGACCAUAUGGUUGAAAAAGGCCGAGCAAAAGAUGGACAAAGAAGAUGACAUUGGCCCUACCUACGAAACUGUUAAGGAGCAGUUGGAGGAACAUCAGAAAUUUCAAGAAGGAGUUGGUGACAUGUCUUUAGUGGCUUCGGUAAUGAGGAUUGAUUCAACAGACCCAGAUUUGGAUGGUAAAACUCGCGAACAAAUCAAAACUGUGAACGAAAGGUGGGCAACGGCCUGGAAUUGGAGUGAGGAUCGAAACCAGAAACUAACCAAAGCAAUGAUCGACUGGCAGAAAUUUCGAGAUGAAGAACUUAUUCUUCUAAACUGGCUCAGCCAGAAAGAGAAAACUCUCAAAGAGGUGUCGAAUACUGAUGUUGCUGACGAACAACAGGUCAAGGAAAGCCUUGAACUUCUUGAGACAACUCAGAAGGAGCUUGAAGAACAGGAGGAAAGACUGCAAAGGCUCCGUCAAUUGGGGAAAGACCUUAUUGAGGAUUCGGGUAGCGACGAAGAGACAACAAAGGAAAUUGAAGCACAAUUACAAGACUUUGACGACUGCUGGAAUCAUGUUGCCAAGAGAGUCAUUGAUGAAAAGGAAAAGUUGGUAAAUACCCAAAACAAAAUGAAAGAGAUGUAUGACCUGGUGGAUUCUGUUAAUCAGUGGGUGGACGACGGGAAAGCGUUGAUGAAUGAAUACAAAGAAGAUUUGCCUUCUGACGAGCAAGAGAACCUUAAGAAAAGAGCUCAGAUUAAACUAGAGGAAAAGCCAUCAAUGCAAGUCAAGGUUGAUCGAGUCAACCGGCUUGGAAAGGACGUAUGUGAAAUUCUUGACGGACCGUCACAGAAAGCCGUUAAAGGAGAACUGCAGCAAUUUAAUGACCGUUGGCAGGACGUGUGUCCAGCAUUGGAAGGCUUCAGCGAUAAGGGGUAUCCAGAUGUUAACGGAAAUGAGUGUUGUAUUGUUAGAAUCAUGAAAAGAAAGUUUAAAUCUCUCUCAUAGAGUAAUACACAAGGCUAUAGAUAAUGAAAAGCUGCAGAAAAUUAAUUAGAGAUCACGUUAGGUUAGGAAAAUUAUUGGGAGAAUCACGAGAUAUUUCGUAUCCACGAUGAACAACUGUGAUGCAAUCCUUCUUCCAGACUGAUUUUGGUAAACUUGACUCGGUAGAGGUAAUAGCAAAAUACCAAUAUAAAUUAAGGAAAACGAAUUGUAGGAAACGGCUGGGGAAACAGAUUCCUUCAGACCUUUAUCGCGAUGGGUAUGCUGAGUCCACAAGGAUGAAUAAGCUUUGUUAUGGUCUUUGUCUGGCCUCAAAGUGGAAGAUGAUUUGAAUUCGUUAAAAUUUCAAAAGGGCCAAAGCGUGAUAUAGGGAGUUUUUCCUGAACCCCAUAACCACUUAAAUAAACAGAACUCUGCUAAACAGAAAAUAACUCCGUUUUUCCUUUCAAAGACGCUUAGACUUAGUACAUAUGGGCGGGAAUUCAAGAAAGAAAGUAAAAAAAUUUCAGUUCUAAACUCAAGCGUCUCAUUACAUCGAAAGAAUUGCUCAAAUAAAUGGUUCAAUAGAUGCAUGCAUAAGCCAAGCAUUUGUUUAUAGGGAAAUUGUAAAAAACUCAUUUGUAUCCUUUAAAAUUAGGUUAACAAGAUAUAAAGAUGUAUAUGCCUUAAUGCUAAACGCGGAUAAUUUAAUUGAAUAUAUUACAGGCCCGCUGUGCAGACAAUUGUACAUGCUGCUAAAAGCACACAGCUACUCAAACGGUUGUAUCAAUUGGUUGAGUCAAUAAAAUAUUUCUUUACGGUA